AUGCUUGAGACAAGCCUUGAAAAUGGCAAGUAUCUUAUGCUCUUUCUGGAGAGAGGAUCCUUCACGAGUGCAAAAGAUCUUCAAAACUUCAUGGAUUGGAAAAAAUGCACUACAUGCCUGGGGACUUCGGGACAUAUGGCGCCGCAAUGCAAGCAAGAUAUCGAAACCCUGGGAGACUUUGUCAGCGAAGACCGGUUUCCGAGCCCGGUUCCCAAAGUCGCCGAAAAUGCAACUGCCUAA